CAAGAAGGGGAUAUAGACCAAGAUGGGGGCCUGACCCUUGAAGAAUUUACCCGUUACCUACAGGAACAUGAGAGACGACUGCUGCUCAUGUUCCACAGCUUGGACCGGAACCAGGAUGGCCAUAUAGAUGCCUCAGAAAUCCAGCAGAGCUUCCAAGCCCUGGGUGUUUCCAUCUCUUUGCAACAAGCUGAAAAGAUUCUGCACAGACUGAACUCUGGUCCCUCCCUCCCUCCCUCCCUUCCCAGCAUGGACCGUGAUGGGACAAUGACCAUUGACUGGCAAGAAUGGCGAGACCACUUCCUGCUGCAGCCCUUGGAGAACAUGGAGGAUGUACUGAAGUUCUGGAAACACUCAACGGUCCUGGACAUAGGGGAAUGUCUGACAGUGCCAGAUGAGUUCUCAGAACAAGAGAAGCUAUCAGGCAUGUGGUGGAAACAGCUGGUGGCAGGAGCUGUGGCAGGAGCCGUGUCACGGACAGGCACAGCCCCCCUUGAUCGGCUGAAGGUUUUCAUGCAGGUUCAUGCCUCCAAGAACAACCAGUUGAAUGUCCUAGGAGGGCUGCGGAGCAUGGUCCAAGAGGGUGGCAUCCGCUCUUUGUGGCGUGGAAAUGGCAUCAAUGUACUUAAGAUUGCACCUGAAUCUGCCAUCAAAUUCAUGGCAUAUGAGCAGAUCAAGUGGGCGAUUCGGGGGCAGCAGGAGACGCUGCGGGUGCAGGAACGCUUUGUGGCAGGGUCCCUGGCUGGGGCCACAGCCCAAACCAUCAUCUAUCCCAUGGAGGUGCUGAAGACACGGCUAACUCUCCGUCGAACUGGCCAGUACAAAGGAUUACUGGAUUGCGCACGGCAGAUCCUAGAGCAGGAGGGGCCCAGAGCCUUCUACAAGGGCUACCUGCCCAAUGUCUUGGGCAUUAUCCCCUAUGCAGGAAUCGACCUGGCUGUCUAUGAGACCCUGAAGAACAGGUGGCUCCAGCAGGACAGCCACCACUCAGCUGACCCAGGGAUCCUUGUCCUGUUGGCCUGUGGCACCAUUUCCAGUACCUGUGGCCAGAUCGCCAGCUAUCCAUUGGCUCUGGUCCGAACUCGCAUGCAAGCUCAGGCUUCCAUCGAGGGUGCCCCCCAGCUCACCAUGCUGGGCCUCUUCCGUCACAUCCUUUCCCGAGAGGGGGUGUGGGGCCUGUACCGAGGCAUCGCCCCCAACUUCAUGAAAGUGAUUCCAGCCGUGAGCAUCUCCUAUGUCGUCUAUGAGAACAUGAAACAGGCCCUGGGGGUUACCACCAGGUGAGGAGCUGGGGCUUCCCUCCUUCCCUUCCCUGCUGGAUCCUGUCCCUUCUCUUCUGGAUCCUGGUGAUAAGACCACCCCUGUGCCAGUUUUCUUGGCUGCUCCUGGAGUCUGCAACCAACUGAUCUACCCCAACCUGGUCACUGACACUGGAUCACCGGAGGAACCUAUCCCAGGAUCUGCUCUGCAUGGCACUGGCACUGGAUUCCCCACCUCUGGUGGAGGUGGGGAUGGUGGUAGCACUUCACCCCUACCCACUGCACUGAUAUGGAAAUGAUCUGGUCUCCUCCCCAACCCUCUACCCUAUAACUCUGCACUGCAGCACCACUGGGUGUCCCCACUGGGAAUGCAAAUUCCCUGCAUCCUUUCCCCAUAACCCCUGGCUUCACCCAGGGGAGUGACACUGUCUUGCCUCAGUCCCUGACCCUUCCCCAUCACAAGACAGGAUAAACCUGACAUAUCUGUGGAGGAAUGCAGGGUGGGGAAGACACUAUAGUCAAA